AUGAGCGUCAUUGAUAAGGAGUUUGAGCGUCUGAAGAAUAUGCGGGAGAACCGAUUGAACAAAGACAUUAUGAAUUACCUCGAUAAAACACAUAACGAGAUCCAACUCAGGGGCAUAUGCAACCCCAGAGGCCCGUAUAGGAAGUCGCUCAUUCAUUAUGCCGCGAUGGGAGAUUGCACUGCGCUUCUUCAAAGUCUGCUGGAUAUCGAUGCUCCUGUCGAUGACCUUAAUCAUAAUAAACGAACACCUCUCUCUUGGGCCGCAGAGAAUGGCUCUCUCGGUGCCACCAGAAUUCUGCUGAAGAACGGUGCCAAGGUAAAUUCCCUGGAUGAUAUGUACUGCUCGCCGCUUACAUGGUUGAUUAGUGCUGGUAGUCCUCAAUACAAGGAUCUCGAAGCUACCAGAUCAUACCUCAAUGAGAACGGGGCCACUACGAAGGUGCGAAACGCGCAUGGAUACUUAAUAAAUUGCGACUCCUCUGAGGAUUAG